CCCGCCCCAGGAUUUGCAUAACAUCCUGUACUCUGUUAUAUAAAAUGAUUCAGCUGAUCGCUUUGUGCUCACACGUUCUUUGGUCACAUUUGGCUGUUUCUCUUACAGUGGUUUCUUCGACGAGAAUGCCAGGCGAUAUUCCUACAGAUGUGUUGAUGAAUAGGUUUCAGUACCUGGCCAAUGAAGACCCUAACAGAGAUGGAUAUGUUUUUGUCAGCCCGACAGUGAAGCGAAUUCCCUUAUCGAGAUACAACCUCUGGGACUUGUGUGGAAGAUAUGCCUCAAGGCUUCGGCGUUAUGGUAUUAAGACUGGUGAUGUUGUGUGCUCUAUGAUAAAAACCUCCCGGACGAAACUAAUAUCGAUGUUUGGUGCCAUAGCUGCUGGUGGUGUAGUUGUCAAUGGCAUGACUAUACAAGCGGACGGUCAAGAUAUUUUUAGAGUCCUCAAUAUUUCAAAGUGUAGGACAAUCAUAGCGUCGUGGGAAAACCCGGAAUUUGUUUUUCUUCAGAGAUUUUUAAAGAUUGGAGAAGCGGAUCUUGUUGUAGGUGCAGAGAGCAUACAUCCAGUGGAGUGUGACCAGGCCCCGUGGUUAAAACAACUGAUCGUUAAACAGUUAAACAGCCACGAAGACCACACAGCUUUCCUCUCUCGUCUAGCUGAUGAAGAAUUCUAUGUCGCCCCCGUCACGGCCGAUGACGAGGCUUACAUUUUCUUGACUUCCGGCAGCACUGGCUACUCUAAGAUGGUGCCGAGAACACACGGGGAGUGUUUAGCAAUCGCAGAUAGUAUCAAGCAAAGACAUUCAUAUCGUCCUCAACAACCGUAUCAUGGAGUGGAUGGCCGGGUUCCCCAGUCUAUACCUAGGGUCUGGGGCGACAACCAUAGUCCAAGAAUACCUAGAUAGUUCAGCCACAAUGAAUAUAGUUGAUCUUUGGAAUAUUGCCUGCGAUGAAGGAGCUGAUGCUGCUAUGCUUGUACCGAUAGAAAUCAUGGACCUUAAAAAGGCUUUUGAUAACGGCACAGUUACAAGGCGAAUUAAAAGAAUUAUCAUCGGAGCCAUGCCCAUAAAAAGGUUCGUUUUUGAUCUGGUGGACGUCAUUUGUGACGAGUACAUGGCGAUAUAUGGGUCUACUGACUUGGGAUAUACUGUCCUUGGUUUGGUCACAGGAGAUAUGAAGAACACAGUGAAGGAUUGCUACACUGGCGACCGUCUAGUGGGCGGCACACAAAUGAAAAUUGUGGACGAGAUAACAAAUAUGGAAAUCACUUCAAAAAAUCGCACAGGGAAAUUAUUUUUUAAAGGUGGGACUGUCCUGCGUCGCUACAUGGGUGUGGAGUCAUCAACCACUGCAGUGUUUACAGACGACGGCUGGUUCGACUCUAACGAUGUGGGAUACAUUGAUGAGUCUGGCGGUCUGGUCGUCAUUGGGAGAACGUCUGAUUACAUCUUGGCUGGCUUUACCGUAGUCCACCCCCAGUGGCUGGAGGAGUCGAUCAUCAAGUGUCCAGGUGUCGCCUCGGUCGUCGUUGUAGGAAUUUCCCAUCCAGUCAGAUUCCAGGAACUGUGUGUUUGUGUUGUGAGGGAAAAACAUUCAAACUUGACAGAACAGGAUCUGAAAGAGUUUUGUAAGAAGAUCUUUUUUGACACUCACAUCUCCCCAGAAGAAGUUCCGGAAAAAUUCUUUUUUACUGAUUCUUUCCCGCAUACCUUCACGGGCAAAGUCCGGAGGAAAAUGUUGGAAAAAAUGGCCGCUGAACAUUUCCAAAACUGAUUGACUACACACAGGGCUAACUGUCAUCGUACAUGACACUCUUUUUAAUACAUUUUUUAAAUCUCUGUUUUGUAAGGUGUCCAGAAAUGCAAUUUAAAAAAUUGCAAGAAACUAACUUAGGUAAAAGUUUUCAUCUGAUGCUAGAAGAUAGCUUGUUAUUUAUGUAAGGAUCUCAUUUCAGUUGUCAAUUGGUAACAACGAUGAAACUGGUUGAUACAUCUUAGUUUGAUUAUGUGACUGAUUAUUAUUGUACAAAAAAUAAUUUAAUCCAAUUAGUUAAAAAAUGCCGGAACGGAGUUAUAGUUAUUUUAUUUUCUACGUUUAAAUUAUUGCGAGUUUUUAAAAAAAAGUAUUUGGCCCCAUUACAUUAGUGGCAGAGAACUGUAGUAGCGUACGCAGCGAGAGCAAGUGCCCCCCCCCCCUCCGGAGAAAAAAAGUCUGGAAGAAACACCGCCUGCAUACGCUCUGUGUAGGUUGCUCAUACGCCUUGCUGGAAUAUGACAAUGAUGAUCAGUGUAGUAAAUCAAUGAUUAUUUAAUUCUACUGCAGCUAUUUUAAACAGA